CUUUGCUUUAGAACCAUGACAUCUCUAGAUGUUGCACUACCGAUGCGAGAGCUCUUGCUGCUUGUAUUCAUCCAUGGCUUCAAGGGAACUGAUCAAACCUUUCGGGACUUUCCUGAGCGGCUGCAACACGUAUUGACCGAGACCGUUGGGAACCUCGAUGUUCAAUGUGUUGUGUUCCCUGCGUACGAGACCAAAGGCGAUCUUAACGAGGCUGUCGUCAAGUUCGCGGAUUGGUUAACAAACCUCACUGUGGAGAAAGAAGUCGCGUCUGGCGGUGGUGCUGGGUCUGCCAAGAUUGUGCUAUGCGGGCACAGCAUGGGAGGACUUCUUGCAGCGGACACUCUGAAAGAGUUUCUAAACAGCAGGCCAGAUAACAAAGCACCUCUUUGGCCGAAGAUUAUCGCUUGCAUCGCUUUUGACACUCCAUACCUCGGCCUGAACCCGGAUGUCUUCAAGAGCAGCGCAACCAAGGCUCUGCAAUUCGCUGACACGGCACGCAAUGUGGGAACGAGUCUCUUCGGUGCGUUCGCUGGCCUGGGCGCAAGUAAAGCUGUUGGCAGUGCACCUGCUGCACCGAACACGGCAACAUCAAGCCCAUGGGCCAAGUGGGCUGCGCCCGCAGCCUACGCAGUUGGUGGCGCUCUCCUGGCUGGGGCAGCCGCAGGGACUACGUAUUAUCACCGCGAAGACAUCGGGCUCGGAUACUCCUGGGCGACCGAUCACAUGAAAUACGUCGGAAAUCUCUGGGACAGUGAUGCUCUCGAUAAGCGGGUGGAUUUCCUGACCAACUUGCAAGCCCAAGAGAUUUCUACACCUUCCUUCUCCUACACCGAUGCUGAGCACCACGGAACGCACAUUCAUCGUUCUGCCAGAAAGAGUGCAUCCAGAUCGGGCUUCUUCAUCUUGGCUCGGAACGGUCUGGCAGCAGAUGAAAUCCAGGCCCACACGGGGAUGUUCUCAGCGCAGACUAACGACGGGUACUACGAUCUGGGCUUGCAGACGGCGAACUUGAUCAAAGACGCACUGACGAAGAACACGACGCCGGCACCUCACAUCUUUGACGUCUUCGUUGUUGGAUAA